CAGUGUGUUUGGGCACGACUAUAUCGCGUGCCGUAAAGCAAACAAAAAGAGGCCAACGCAUCAACGCUUCUUCGAGUGAAGUGUCUUCGCGUGUCUUCCUCAAGUCAAUUAAUAUUGCUAUUCUAUCUGGUCCUCCUUUCGUCUUUCUCCAAUCCCCACCCUCAAAGACUUCUACUAGUACUUAUCGACACUAGCUCCCGCAACUUUCCGUUUUAACGCCGUCGCAACUAUGCCUGCAAUUACACAACCAUAUGAAGUCUUACUUGACUUCACGAACGAUACACAUGACUGCGCAACGAUCCAGUUACUGCGGGAUUAUGGCCGGAAUACUAGCGCAGUCGUCCUGCUACAUCCUGGAGAAAGCCUCACCCUCGUCCUCGAGGCAGGUUCCAUGUACAAAUAUGCUCUCAAAUCACAUUCCAAGGUCGCCAACGUGAGGUGCGUAUGCACGGCAAGUCCGUCGCUCGUUUCUAAUAUGUUUGUAUACAGUGCACGGAGCUGGCGAGACAUUCAGUGCGAAAUAUCGCAUCUAUUUGCUGCCAGCCCACCGUCAUGGGCUUCUUCUUUACGUGGGUCCACGAGUUCGCCCGCCAGCGGCGUCACCGUUGACCGAGUAUGGCGGGACUCCGUGCUAAUCAGUGAAGCGAACCCUUUUGACGAGAGACUAUACCCUGAGGGGCAGAAGCCUUCAUAUGAUACCAAUCAGCAUUUGCACGUAAUCUUGUAACG